GUACAAGCAGCCAACAUGUCAGCGUCCAUGAGAAUCCUUCUCCGGCGACUAACCAGUGUUUCCCGCAGAAAUAUAACCUCCAACCCCGCCGGACGGUCGUGUCGACCGGACUGCUGCUGGAGAACCUCGUGCUGCCGUUGUUUCAGUGAUACAGGCGGAGAGAGAAGCGCACACUUCGGCUUCGAGACGGUGCCCGAGUCGGAGAAGGCGCAGAGAGUCUAUAAGGUGUUUGAGAAUGUGGCGCAGAAGUACGACGUCAUGAAUGACACCAUGAGCCUGGGGAUCCAUCGACUGUGGAAGGACAUGCUGCUGCACGUCAUGCACCCCCAGCCGGGUGCCCGGCUCCUGGAUGUGGCCGGUGGAACAGGUGAUAUUGCUUUCCGUUUCCUGGACUACGUUCGUUCACAGCAGCAGAGGCAGAAGCGGCGGGCGGCUCGGUCCAGCCAGACGCCGUCGUGGCAGGAUAUUUCAGAGAGCUACCCCGCCGAGGACACGCCCCACGAGUCCAGGGCGGUGGUCUGUGACAUCAACAAGGAGAUGCUGAAGGUGGGCAAGCAGAGAGCCGACGGCGCGGGUGUCACCGCCGGACUGUCGUGGGUGGUGGGGGAUGCAGAGGAGCUGCCCUUUGACGAUGACCAGUUUGAUGUUUACACCAUCGCCUUCGGCAUUCGGAACGUCACUCACAUUGAUCAGGCGCUGCAGGAAGCUCGGCGGGUCCUGAAACCGGGCGGCAGGUUCAUGUGCUUAGAGUUCAGCAAAGUGACCAACCCGCUACUUGCCAGCCUUUACGACGCUUACAGCUUCCAGGUGAUCCCAGUUCUGGGAGAGGUGAUUGCCGGAGACUGGAAGUCCUAUCAGUAUUUGGUGGAGAGCAUCCGCAAGUUCCCCAACCAGGAGGACUUCAGAGACAUGAUCGAGGACGCGGGAUUCUACUGCGUUCAGUACCACAACCUGACCGGAGGGGUGGUGGCGCUGCACUCGGGCUUCAAGCUGUGAGGAGUCCUGCAGAACCCAACCCUGAACCAGACCGGCUCCGGGUUUCUCUGGGAGGAUGAGCCGGGACCAAAGACUGUGAUAUCUGACACGACGCUGCACUCCACAUCUGGACGACUCCACAUCUGUCCACCCCAAAACCAUCCUCCCUGUAUCUGUCGAUAAAUAAGCUGUAAUAGACAUUUUGGAUAAAAUAAAAACCUGCAA